AUGUACGAAGGGAUUGACAACCUGAAAUCCCUUUACGACCGUGCCGGGAAGGCUUUCUCCGGCGGUACUUCUGCGGCACAAGAUGUGCCGCGUCGUACUGCUCAACCAGACCCAGUACGUCAACCAUCAGUUGAAAGCGGGGCUCCCAAGAAUCCCAGGACGGGGGAUAGCCGCGCCACCGGACGAGGUAACUCGUCCAACGUCCGUUCACAUCGCGGUGGUUCAACAUCCGCUCAAUCAGAUAGCGCUGGCCACCGCGAGAGUCCUCCAAAGGAGGUGGAGGAGGAGGGAAAACGCUCUCCAAGCUAUCGUGGGGGAUCGUGUGUCUCUAAGAGCUUCUUUGAUCGCGUAAAUCUUGCGUUACGCGGCGACCUCGAGCAUGAGCGGGACAGGCGUCUUCAAAUGGCGAACGCUGUCUUGAAGCAUCGAGCUGAGUGUGCUUUUGUUAAUCUUGAGAGCGAGAGAGCUCUGACAUCUCUUCGUGACGAGCUAAGGGUAGCUUGUGGGAUUGUUGAUCGGUCUCGGGGUGAGAUAACUGCUCUUCAGACCCUUGUCGAUGCCCAUUAA